AAUCGUUAGCCUUAUCAAAUCCAAGUUUAUAUGCUAUAUCUAGCUAUGGGGACACUAACAAACAAAGAGCUUUUCUUUGAUGGAAUUGUGAAGAUUUUCAAAGAACAACAAUGCGAUGUACGGCUAAAGGCAUGUGAUGAUAGUGAUGAUGAGGCAGCUAUCUCUGCUCAUAAGCUUUUUCUGUCUGCUAGAUCUGAGGUGUUUAAGAAGAUGUUUGAAUCAGACAACUGCAAGGCUUCGUCCAUGCUUGAGACAAUCACUCUCUCAGAUCUGAAACAAAAAGAGUUAGAGGCUUUCGUUGAGUUCAUCUACAGCGACGGCUCUAAGCUUUCAUUGAAGGCGAAGCAACACGUUAGGCCACUCUAUCGUGCUGCCGACAAAUAUGAGAUUCCGUAUCUACGUGACUUAUGCAGAGACGAGCUUGUAGCAUGUCUUAACUCUUCGAAUGCUCUUAAAGUUCUUGAGGUCGCCCAAAUCCCUUUUGACAAAGCACUCACUAAUGCUGCCUUGACUACUAUCAAAACCUUUAAGAAAAGUAUUUCCACCUCUAGUGAGUUUAAGGUUUUUGUCGCUAAUCAUCCAAAUCUUACCUUGGAGAUAGUGAAGACUCUUUCGGCUCUCUGUUAUUGUUUAGCGUUAAUGACAGUUAUAUGGUCAUUGAUGGAAUAAAAAAGCCACUAUU